AUUAAUCAUGUGUUUUAUUGAAGGAACAAAACAUCACUGUCACCAUUGAAUCGGUACCAAUUAAGAGCUCACAUUCAUUGCCUUGUUCUUUUCUCUGCCCUCUUUCUAUUUACUCACUUUCUUGUGUCCAAACUUAGUUAAACUUGUCACUCUUGGAUUUGCAUCUUCAAUGGCUCAAAUUACUCUUAUUUCUCCAGCAACUGGCAUAGCUAUUACUGGCAUGUAGGAGGAAGAAACUUGGUGAAAUAUCUGCAAGGUACAAAUUGAGCUCACUAUCACCACAUGUUAAUUGGAAUAUUCAAAGGCAUAUUCCAUGGGUUGAUUUGACUACUUCAUCAAAUUAUUAUUCAUAUGGUAAAAAUAAUACAAGGGCCGUAGUGAAUGUGAAUGUUUCUGAAGGAGGUGCCAUCUCUCUCCCUCAUGGUCAUGGCUGGCCACUUGAAAAGGUUUCUGAAGAUCAAAAAGGUUCUAAAACAAUGAAGGGUGCUUCAACACGUUUCUUCACAAUAGGUCUUGUAGCAGCAUGGUAUUCAUCCAACAUUGGUGUUCUUCUAUUGAACAAGUAUUUGUUAAGCAACUAUGGUUUCAAGUAUCCUAUUUUUCUCACCAUGUGUCAUAUGACAGCGUGUUCUUUGUUUAGCUAUGUUGCUAUAGCAUGGAUGAAGAUUGUUCCUAUGCAAACUAUUCGAUCCAGGGUUCAAUUCUUUAAGAUCUCUGCUUUGAGUUUGAUUUUCUGUGUUUCUGUUGUGUUUGGGAAUAUUUCGCUUCGAUAUCUUCCUGUGUCGUUUAAUCAGGCUAUUGGCGCGACUACGCCUUUCUUUACUGCCAUUUUUGCUUAUAUUAUGACCUUUAAGAGGGAGGCUUGUCUCACUUAUCUUACCCUUGUUCCUGUUGUUACUGGUGUUGUUAUUGCUAGUGGGGGUGAACCAAGUUUCCAUUUAUUUGGAUUCAUUGUAUGUGUUGCGGCUACGGCUGCAAGAGCCCUAAAAUCAGUGCUACAAGGAAUUUUGCUUUCUUCUGAAGGAGAGAAGCUGAAUUCAAUGAAUCUCCUCCUUUACAUGGCUCCAAUGGCAGUGGUUUUCCUUCUUCCCGCCACACUUAUAAUGGAAGAAAAUGUGGUUGGAAUCACGUUUGCUCUUGCUAGAGACGAUACCAAGAUAAUUUGGUAUCUGCUAUUUAACUCGGCUCUUGCCUAUUUUGUCAACCUGACCAAUUUUUUGGUCACGAAACAUACCAGUGCUCUGACCCUUCAGGUGCUAGGGAAUGCUAAAGGAGCUGUAGCUGUAGUAGUUUCAAUCUUAAUAUUUAGAAACCCAGUUUCAGUUACUGGAAUGAUGGGUUAUGGACUCACAGUCUUCGGAGUAAUACUCUACAGCGAAGCCAAAAAGCGAACAAAGGGAUAAUCGGGUCAUCAUUCUUGGGAAGACAGCACGGAUGAAGUUACAUCAUCAUUCUUGGGAAGACAGCACUGAUGAAGUUACAAUAUUUUGUUUUAGUUACUGCACAGACAACCUCACUUCAAUGAGGUGAAUUUGUUUAGAAUGCUAGUGACCAGACUCUGAAUCUUUGACUCUAAUAUACAAUUUUUUUGUCCCCACAUAGAAAGCCUCAUUGAAUGGGUCCUCUUUUGAGUUAUAGCAAUGAUGCAAAAAAAGCCCACAGUACAAAAGUUGCAAUAAGUGACUGAAAUUUCUCUACUUAAGCAUUCCAGGAUAAUUGAGUAAUGUCUUUUUGUCGUAUAUUCUUUGAGGAAAGAGUUGUAAAAUUGGAUAUCUACUCAUAUAUGUCAACUCUACUUACAUUUGUUUA